AGUAUCAUCACGAUGAAAUAUUUCCAUAUUAUUAUUAACUCGUGUAUGUUUGAGAAUCUUCCGAAAAUUUAUCAUAUGCAUGGUUCUUAUACUCAGAUUUGUAGAGCCUUUACAUCCUGUGUUACAGUAAUUGUCAAGGAGGUCAAGGAGAGAUUUUUUAAGGUAUUGGUCGGCAACAUGUGGCUUACGAAGCGAUUACAGAUAUAUAAACACCCUUUUCCCCCUUUUUAUCCAACAACUGUACUAAUGCUUAAGUCAGUAUCUUUAAAUAGAGAGUGAAAUAGGGCCUCUUAUGUUUAAGUUAAACGUAGCCUUUAGUUCAGAUUACAUUUUGAAUUCCACUGCUAUUCUGAAGGAAGUUAUAACAUAAUCAAUAACAUAUCCAAUUCCAACACUCUGAGGUCAUAUGAUCAGGAAAGAACCAAUAUGUUUUCAUUGCAUCACUCUCAAGUUUUUAUUUGCUUCCGUGUUAGGAUGUAAAUCACAACAUGGUCUCUUGAGGUAUCCAGCAGGGAUUUUGUUGACAGGCAAUGUAUAUACCUGAAUACCUCAAUGAUACAAAAUUCUACAACCAUUUUUCGAGAAAGUGGACGUUGUUUUUUUUCUUCAUAUAAUUGCUUUUAGGAACUUUCAUCAAUGAAAUCUAACAGGAGAGGAUGAAUAUGGUUUUAGGACAGUCGUUCUUAAUCUUUGUAUUAUCAGUCUUUAUAGAGGCGACACAUCUGUAUUCUAACCACACAAUGCACUGGAGCGAAGCUGUACAAUUUUGCAGCAAACACGGGCUGGUUUUAAAAAAGUCGAAGCUUAGUCUUGCAGAUAAACAGAUUGAGACAUUCUGGACAAGAUUGUACAAAAAAGAAAGUGACUUUAUUAACCUAUAUGGAUGUAUAAACGACAGUUAUGUCAAUACAUUUGAGCACAUCAGGAUGGAUCAGUGUAUACAGGAAUGUGUAAAUAAGAGACAUGAAUUGUUUGUAAUGCAAAAGAGUAGCUGUUUCUGUCUCUCUGACCUUCAACCAAAAUUUUUACAACAAUGUAACCUCAUCACCAGUUCAUUAGUGUUUGGAGCGAUCGAAACCUCCAAAAACCGAGAAAGCUGCUUAAUAAUUGAUUGUCAUGAGCAUACAACUUUCCAUCUUGUUAACUGUGACGAAGGUGCAAAUGUUUUCUGUGGAGAUAAAGUUUUUGGAAAUUUUACAUGGAAGAGUGCGGCUGAAAAAUGUAUGAAAACCAGAGCGAGCCUCAAACUUUAUCACCCAAACCAAAUUUGUUCUAAAGACGAUACCAAUAACAAAAUGAGAUAUUGGUUUGGUUUUGGCACGUUGGAAUAUACCGAGGAGUUUCUCAAAAACAAUGGUGAAUCAGAUGUCAACCAAACACUUUGCCAAAGCUGCAAGGAAGACUGUAAAUUUGAAGAUUGCAAUAUGACGAGAAUAGCGGCUUGUGAGAGCAAUGUGGAGUCGGUAAGUGUAACGAUAACAAUAGACAGAGAGAGCGGGACAACGAAGGAUAGGCCAAAUCAACCAAGCAAAGACACGCUGUUCCAGACAACAAAUCUUAUGCAUGACCAAACAACAAGAUAUACAAAAAUUAAACAGGACAAAACUACAAAAGAAAAACUUACACAAACAGAACGUGAUGCAACAAAAGAUGGGCAUGUAAAAACUACAAAAGAAAUGCUUAAACAAACAACAAUGGAUUUAACAAAAGAUGGUGAGAACAAAACUAUACACAGGGAAAAUGUCCACAUGGGUACAUGUACACAGCAAAAUGUGCCCCAUACGUUUCACAUACGUUAAACAUGUGUGAUACGUAUGUGACCUCACGUACGUUUAACGUGAUUUAAGUACCACGUGUGUUUAACGUACGUUAAUGAACACAUGUGAAACGUAUGUUACACGUGUGUUAGACAUACGUGAUACAUUCCAUAUGUUUACGUAUGUGGAUCCAACGUACGUUUUUCACAUGAAUUACAUACGUAUCACAUGUAAAUUGCUUAUAAUUGAAUUACUUGAAUAUUUAAAAUUUUUCAGUUCAUUCUUGAUAUACUUCAUCUUGCUGUUUGAAUCACUUCAAUUGAUUACUCAGUAACUUCAGUGGAUCUUUGGAAACAUUCAUUUUGCAUUUCCAGCUGCUUGUUAAUCUAAAAUUAGAAUUACAGAAAAAAGACAGUUUUGAGAUUAAAAAUGAAUUUAAUUCCUUGAAUGAUUCCAUUUAGAUUUAUAUUGUUGUCAUUUUUCUGUGCUUUAAUAGUUUCUGGAAGAAACCCCAAAGAAUUUAACAUUAAAUUUCAUUUUAUGUUAAAGUUAAAUUUACAAAUGCCUCAGUUGCUUUUUUAUUCAACAAUAUUGUUGAAGAAUAACAGGAUCCAUUUAGAUUUUAUUGCAAAUACAACAUGAAGAAAGUUUACAAUUGUUAAUAAUUUUUUCUUUUAUUUGCAAGCUCUCAGAGAGAGAGAGAGAGAG